CUCUCCCUCGUGUGAUUGGCGGGUGCGUCUCUUCCUUUCUUUCUUGCUUCUCCCUUUCCCCCUCCUCCUCAUUGACUCCGCCGCCGUCUCACUCGCAAGUCACAGCAUCCCCCGUCUGCUAUCUCUUGGGAGAGUUGGGAGCGGAGGAGCGACGCAGGCCGACGCAGCGGCGCAGGCGAGGCUCUUUUGAGUUUCUGAAAACCAUGGGGCAGAGGCUCCUAUUACUGGUGACCACUUGUCUGUGGGCUCUUUCAUGCGCCGUGCCGCACGAUGCUUCCUCGCCUGAUGGACUGCUAAGGAUCAACCUGAACAAGAAGAGCUUGACCUAUGAAUCUCUGGCUGCAGCAAAGGCCGCGAGGCAGCAGGGCGCCCUCCGGCUGAAGAGCAGCGAUUCAGACAGCGACAUCGUGCCUCUUGUCGACUAUCUCAACACCCAGUACUAUGGGGUCAUCGGCCUCGGCACGCCGCCGCAGAAUUUCACGGUGAUAUUCGACACCGGGAGCUCCAACCUGUGGGUUCCCUCGUCGAAAUGCUAUUUCUCGAUAGCAUGCUACCUCCACCCCAAAUACAAGUCGAGCAAGUCAAGCACUUACAAAGCAGAUGGUGAGAUUUGCAAAAUCACAUAUGGUUCUGGUGCAAUCUCUGGAUUUUUCAGCAAUGAUAAUGUGUUGGUUGGGGACCUUGUUGUGAAAAAUCAGAAAUUCAUUGAGACAACACGUGAAACAAGUGUUAGUUUUAUCGUCGGGAAAUUUGAUGGCAUCCUUGGCCUUGGCUACCCUGACAUCUCCGUUGGGAAAGCCCCUCCAGUAUGGCUGAGCAUGCAAGAGCAGAAGUUGCUCGCUGACGACGUAUUCUCAUUUUGGCUUAACCGGGAUUCUGAUUCACUUUCUGGUGGUGAGCUUGUCUUCGGUGGCAUGGACCCGGAUCACUAUAAGGGAAACCACACGUAUGUCCCUGUGAGCCGCAAAGGUUACUGGCAGUUUAACAUGGGUGAUCUCUUGAUUGAUGGCCACUCUACUGGCUUCUGUACCAAAGGCUGUGCUGCUAUUGUGGAUUCUGGGACUUCCCUGCUGGCUGGCCCAACAGCUAUAGUUGCUCAGGUGAACCAUGCAAUUGGAGCUGAGGGAAUUAUCAGCACGGAAUGUAAAGAGGUGGUGAGCCAGUACGGAGAGAUGAUCCUUGAACUGUUAAUAGCACAGACACAGCCACAGAAAGUAUGCAGUCAGAUUGGUCUGUGUUUGUUUGAUGGUACUCACUCUGUCAGCAACGGGAUUGAAUCCGUUGUCGGUAAAGAAAAUGUUGGCUCGGAUGUUAUGUGCACAGCCUGUGAAAUGGCUGUUGUGUGGAUAGAGAACCAACUCCGUGAAAACAAAACAAAGGAGCUAAUAUUGCAAUACGCUAACCAGCUGUGCGAGCGUCUACCAAGCCCCAAUGGAGAGUCAACAGUCAGCUGCCAUGAGAUGUCAAAGAUGCCGAAUCUUGCUUUCACCAUCGCAAACAAGACUUUCGUGCUAACACCAGAGCAGUACGUUGUGAAACUUGAGCAAUCAGGGCAAACCGUCUGCAUCAGUGGGUUCAUGGCAUUCGACAUACCGCCCCCACGUGGUCCUUGCAGGAUUCUCGGGGAUGUCUUCAUGGGCGCUUACCACACCGUGUUCGACUUCGGCAAGGACAGAAUCGGGUUCGCAGAAUCGGCUUGAGGAGUCGAGAGCACUAUGACGUUUCUGAAGAUCUCCACGUACGUAUCCUAGAAUUUGGGUAUCUUCGACAUGGGAGCCCUGCUGUAAACGAAUUGAUAGGUAAAAAGCUGAAACAAAAGAGAGAGCCUUUUAUUUCUUUCUUAAACAAAGAAUAAAUGGAUGCUUCAACUCUGAAGACAAAAAAGGCACGUUUGUAUCCAGUAUAGCUGUUGCUGUCUAAUGAAGAAUGGAGUGCUUGCAUGGUGAAAACUUAGAGUAAACAGGCAACACAUGGUUUGUAAAAAGGUUUAUUGUAUUUGUAAAACAUACGACGAUGUAACAAUCAAUUGAAUAUAGUAUGCUUCUUUCUGGAGUGUUUCUUC